AUGCCAUCCACAGAGGUUUCAAACAAAGCUCUUAAUGAUGCUGCUGCUCGAGUGCAACAAAUCAUGGCUCAAGCUGUAGAGUGGAAAAAUGGUCCCACCGGCCAUCUCACUAUGGCCAUGGACAUCACAAAAAUUUUGUCGCCAGUGUUCGAACAACAUGGGCGAUCAGCGAGCAUGAUUCCGCCGCUUUUGUUAUCGGCGGCGAUGGAAUGGCAAGAUCAUUUGGACCCUGUGACUCACCAAUUGUUUCUAAGUGCGCCCAUAUGGCGUAACAUUGUAGCGAAUGAUUCACAAAUUCAGAAACAUCCCUUGUAUCGGAGGGCUCUCACAUUCAUCAGCUCCUCAAACCCAUCUGUGAUAUCGCACUCGCUGGUGCAACUGGCCCAGCAGGUCAUUGCCGAUGCACCAGCGGAAUCCACAGUGGGGUCCAAACCCAAACCUAGGCCACAGCGAUUGCGCAGGAAGACAUUGACAGUGGUUGAGAGUUCUGACAGUGAUGCAAUUGAAAUUAUUGACCAUGUAGCCGCCACUAAUGUCAUUGGGCCGGACAUUCGCAAAGGGAAGGGUAAGCAGACUGCGCUGCCCAAGAAUGUCAACGGCGACACGCUGGUGGAGGGUUUGAAAGCAGAAACCACCAUGGUUAGACAAAGGCCCAUGCCGAAGAGAAAGCAAAUGCAGGCAACCAGCGGCCAUGACUCCAAGUCUGGUGUGAUGGAUCGAAAAGGGAAGGGGAAAGAGGUCCCACCUCCGGUGGAUAGUGUGGACGGCAAUGGUAGCGCACUGUUGCAGAGGAAAAGAUCUAGAGACUCCAGUCAGAAUGAGCAGUUGACGAAGAGCACGUCAUCAGCCACCCACCCGCUGCUGUCCACCCACACCGGCGAUCAAUGCAAGCCUUGGUUUGAAGAACCUCUUCCUCUGCCAGCCACUGUUGCCGGGAAACUCACCAUGAGCAAGCAGCAUAAAAGUAGCCACUGGCAUACUACAUCGAAAGUGUAUGAUGAAGACCCAUCGCUGGAAGCGGCCAGCGAUGUUGCCAAAGAGUCGGCUGUUGGGACAGUAGGUAUUCAAGUCCUAGAUGUUUACCUUACUUCUCAAAAGAUGCAGAACACCAUCAAUAUCAAUGUGGCGACCAUAGACAAUGCCGCCCUGAAGAGGCUGUCUUUACCACCUGUGACCUCUGUCUCUGCAUAUUCGCUGUCAUCACUUGAAUCAUCCCUGACAGUGAGCCACCCUGCAAAACUGCCGCCACGGCACAUGCAACCACUGCCAUCACACACACAGCUUAUGGAUAUUGAUGUGCUGGCCAAUACAGUGGUGAAGGACUUGCAGGCAAUGACACUAGAUGCUGCAAAGGACUUGGUAUUAGUCUUGAAGAGUCAUGAAGAUAUGUACAAUACCAUCCACAACCUUCACAAUCAGGUCAUCAAACUCCAUGCUUGGAAUGCUGCCACCGCUGAUUCCCUUGAGGCAUUGAAUGUCAGUGUGGCUGCUCAGGAUGCCAAGAUGCGCAGUAUGGAGACACUUCACGCCGACGUCGCUGUGCUGCAAGACCAAAUUCGCACUUUGCAAGCGGAAUCCCGGACACAUGAGAACCAACUCCGUGCAGCUGAUGUUAAAUUGGCAUCACAGGGAAGUACCACUGCCGUCCUGCAAGACACCUAUGAGGCCCUUCGACAAUGUUUGAUCCCCACUCCAUCCAUACCUCCCCAUUACAAUAAUGUCGUGUUCUUUCCUGCUUCCCACCAGCACCAGGUUCCCUAUAAUCAGAGCCUCAGUGUAGGCCAAGCACAGGCCAUGGAAAGAUUGUACUUCAACUUCACCCCAGGACCAUCCACGGCCGCUGGCCCAUCAGUCUCUGCACUCUCUGCGAGUGCUAGCAUUCUGGGCGCCAUCCUUGCACCCCCAGGGCCAUCCACAGUCGCCGGCCCAUCUGGGAUGCAUGCUCCCUCAGGCCCUUCCGGUAGUCGCGUCACAGGGAGUUCUCAAAGCACAGGCAACCUCGGUUAA